AUGAUUAUUUAUGAAGCAUCUGAUGUGAUGGAAGUAUCUAAAGAAAUUCCAUAUCAUUGCCUGGCUGUGUGCACAGAAUCUGGGAUGUUUGCUCUGUGGGAGAGGAGGGUUGAUGUAACACAAGAAGAUUUUGAGAUGGUAGUGGCAAAGGUUCAUCUUGAACGGAAAUAUGUUGUUGACAUUGAUAAAAAUAUCGAUAUCACCAAGAUAACUCCAUCAACAAGAGUUGCUCUCCGUAAUGACAGUUAUGUGCUUCAUUUAAUCUUGCAAAGCAAAGUUGAUCCAUUGGCGGAAAUAUGUGUGAUUUUGGAUUACAAGGUUCAUCUUGAACGGAAAUAUGUUGUUGACAUUGAUAAAAAUAUCGAUAUCUCCAAGAUAACUCCAUCAACAAGAGAUGCUCUCCGUAAUGACAGUUAUGUGCUUCAUUUAAUCUUGCAAAGCAACGUUGAUCCAGUGGUCAACCUCAUGAAAGUUGAAAAGGUUCCAGAUUCCACAUAUGACAUGAUUGGUGGUCUUGACCAGCAAAUUAAAGAGAUAAAGGAGGUUUGCCUCGUGUACCCUUUUACUUUCUGCAUUUAA